UCUGCAUGUGCUUGUGGUUGAAGUGGUAGGGUAUGUCAUUAAGUACAUGACGGUUUUUUUCGUUCACUGACGCUCUACAUAGAAAUGGAGAAUUUAGCAACUCUAAAUAAGAUCAAUGCAUUAAACACAUUUUGUUUUUAAAUGGCGUAUUAAUGGAUUUAGAUGAGCAUACUGUUGCAUUCCAGACAGUUCUCAUAUUUCUCAGUUCCGGUAAAGUUUUCAAGGUUAGAAAAUACAGAAGGUGAAAAAAACGAUCCGGAAAGGAGUUCAUUUACACAGGUAUCUGCAUUAACUGGUGACAACAUCAAAUGUGAGAGUGAGUCUAGUAAUGUUGAAGAUAAAAAUGGAUUUAAAGAUAAUUUUAAACCUUUUCAAAGAAGCAUGCGAAGAAGGUCUGGUCCAGGCUGUCUUAAUUCCCAGUUAAGUUUUUGUCGAUAUCCUGCGUUUGAUUUUGGUGGGAGAGAAGACGAAAAUUCUAAUCUUCCAUCUCCAGUUGAAUCCGAGGGAAACCACACUGUAAAAGAUGAGAUUCUUCAAGGGAUAAAAGUCGCUGAAAAAGCUGGUGAUAAUGAUUCAAAUCUAAGACCAUCACGGUCGAAAGAUACUAGUCAAAGGAACCGGGAUGCAAGUGAAUCGAAAACUCUGAUACCUGAACUUAAGGAAAAUUCAGAAACUGAAUCUACUAAAGAUAGUUUUGAAAGUGAAGCUCCUAAUUUAUCUCCAUCAGUGGGUGUUCUUUGCCUUCCUGUACCUGAUAUAGCGUUUCCUAGCAUACCAAACACAUUUUUAGCUAAGCUUGGAGUUCAUAAAGAUAGCCCUUUAUCGGUUGAAGCAUUUGAUGAACAAGAACUUGAGAGCAAAUUUAUUGCCCUAUCCCUGGCUUUCAAAACUGAUCGUACAACUCUGAAUAAAAGACUAGAUGUAAAUAAACGUCAACGAGAUACGGCUGAGAAGAAUGUGGAAAUCGAAUUUCAAGCAAUGCGAGAAAAUUUAAAUAUACUCAACCUUAAAGCUUCUAGUCCUGAUAUAAGAGAUGUGAUUUCGAAAAUUCAGAAUCAUAUUGACGUUGCUCAGCAAGCUACAUUUAGAAUGUCUAGUCGCUCUGAAACUUAUGGUUCUGUUCAGCAGGAAGAACGAGUUAGCCGUGCUUUUGAAGUUUUAGUAUUGUACGUCGAUCACCUGAAACGCUUGUUUGAUAAGGAACACAAGGAGCUUGAAGAAACAAGGCGCAUGCUGACAGAUACUCGAGUGUUCCGGAAAGAUAUAACAACAGAUGGUAUUUCAGACGACCAAAAGAAAUACUUGAGAACAUUUGGCUUACCUGCUGGCUCUAUCAAAUCGAUAGGUAGACGAAGAGCUAGUGUUGCAGAUUUUCAUCAACAUUCUAUGCCUGAGAGCUGCAAACCCCCUGGUUUAAGCCAAAGCUGGACAUCUGGCUUUUGUAUGAUGAAGGUGGAGUCAAAACAACGCACACCGGGCCCAUUUCCAACUACAUGUGUAGGUUUGAGCGGCAGUAGCCUGCCUACUUCCCCAAUAACUUCCAUAUCCCCUUCUAGAACAGGUACUAUUAGAGUAAAUGCGAGACGUCGUUCCUUACCUGCUGCUAGUCCUAUGGCACCACAAAAUAUGCUGCAGAAUCUCGAAGUACCACCUGAUGUGCCAGCUCCGAAACCAUUACAAUAUCUCUCUGUUGAUAAACAACUUACUGGGAAAAAGGACCGAAAUGUCUGGACCAGAAAGUUGUCUUCUGUAACUGAUGAAGCAGAACAAUCUGAAGAUGAAACUGAAGCAAAAGAAAAUGAUGAAGACACAAAGGAUAUUAACUUAUCUUCUUCGGAACGAGUGGGAGAUAAUGUUCAAGAUGAUGCAGACAUUGAAGACCAAUCAGAUGAAAUUGAAUCACAGGGAGAGUUAAAUUCUGUCGGUGAUAGCGGUAUUUUCAAAAUUAUCCCUCAAAAUAACAUACUUCUGAAUUUUCGGAACUCUGUCAGCGAAUGGCUCCAUAUCCAAAACAUAUCCAUGGAAUAUGGUAACGAAUUGCAUCGAAUAUGGCAUCAAAACAGCACAAGGACUCUAGUUCAGUAUUCUGCCAGUGGACUAUUAAUCUGUAUUGCUUUUUAUUUUUUCCUUUCUGAAAUUAUUCCUUACAUUUUGUUUCCAGCAUAACAAAUGUCAGACUUUGAACCUGAACGUAUGUUAUAUAUAAAAGCAUAUCAUUUUAUGAAUUUAUAAUUGUCUUUUUAAUGAGUCAAAUAAUAUAGUAAGUAUGUAAUAAAAAGAGUAUGACGAUGUGUGAAACUGUCAGUUUGGGGUAGCUUCCCGUUUUUCCUACCCUCGAUUGUGAUGAAAUUACUUAAAUAUUAAUGAUUCAUGAACCAAUGUAAUAUUUUCAUUUGAAAACACAUAACGUGUUACUUAUUUAGUACAAAAGUAACACUUUGUGUACUACACUUAAGAUGCCUAAAAUUCACGGACUAAUUUCCUUAAUGACCCCAGUGAAAGGAAGAACUUUCUCCUCAAUUAAAGGUUUAUUAACUAUCUAACUCUGGCAACCCAGUUUAUGCCGUAACAGAAACCGAAAACGUACAGAACUUAUUAUAGCUGUUCUACUUUUUCAAGCAUUCAAUUCCGACUGCAUAAAAAUGCAUGCGUUGUAACAUACUGUAAUAUAUAUCUAAUUUUAUUAUUUAUGACACUUUAAAGUCUUAAAAUGUCUUGUUUGUAGGCAUUUCGUAACUCCUAAAAGGAGGCUUUCAGAACUUUAUAAAUAUAUAGAUUCAAAUUAUAUAGGUAUGCGACAAUAUAAAGAUAUUGUGUUUCUUUCGAACAUUACUGACAAGUUUAACUAUUUCGUUUAGUUGUUAUAUGGUAGUCUUUCAUUGAAUACAAAAUAAAAGUUCUGAUAAGCUAAUAAGUCAAUGCGUUAUAUUUUCGUGCGCACAGUUACAGAAUUAAAUUUUCUCUUGUCCUUAUCUUACUAACUUUAUGUUAUUUUUCCUUUAGAGCUGUGUGAUCGAUCGUAUAGUUGCAUUAAUGUAAAUAAGGAAAUGUAAGACAUAUGUAUAAGUUGAAUAAUUGGGAAACAAAAGAAAAUUUAAUACAUG